GUCGUGUUUCAGUAAUAUACGAUAGUGUAGAUACGUCAGUUGAUUAACGCUUACAUAGUUGGUCGGUGUCUGGAUUUUUAACAACAGAAAAUAAGAACAAGAUAUGGUUUCAAAAUCAACAUUAACACUAGCCGUAGCUGUGAUAGUUUUGUACGUCUACACGACAAACGCACAGCCGAAUCCAACUUCCAACGUCACCGCCGACAACACGCAACCAGACCAAACAGGAAACGGCGUCGGGGGCGACGGCGGCUCGCCACAAGAACCGAGGAGGAGAGUCGUCCGUCGGCGUCGGAUAAAGCCUCAAAACAAUAACGGCAGCAGUAAUACGGUGCCUCAGGAGACGCCUGUUGCCGACGAGACGCAAGCGCCCCCGCCAGCCGACGAGACACCAGCGCCUACGGUGACACGCUCUGACACAGUAGCACCUCCGGUUACACGCGCUAACGAAUUGGGGCCUCCGGUGACACGCGCUGAAGCAUCAGCGCCUCCGGCGGCACGCGCGGAUGCAGUUUCGCCUCCGGCGGCACGCGCUGACGCAGUAGCGCCUCCAGCGGCACGUGCUGACACAGUAGCGCCUCCAGCGACACGCGCUGAUGCAGUAUCGCCUCCUGCGGCACGCGUUGACGCAGUUGCACCUCCGGUGGCACGCGCGGAUGCUGUAGCGCCGACGAGACGUGAACCAGUGCGGAAUGUGGUAUCAAACGCUCCAUCACUGACCGCAGCAUCAAACGCACCGGUACGUACUGCUGUAGCAAACGGUGUACCGGCGCGGAACGCGGUGGCGAACGCUAAUUCUGUGGGCGGGUCUGGAGCUUCAGCUGGAGCGGGAGGAAUGUCCGACGCGUUUUUCGGGUCUUUCUUUGACGAUGAGACAACACCUAUCUCCCCCGCAGCCAAUGAGCCUCCACCGACAUUUGACCCGAAUAAGAAACCCGGGGAGAAAGUUAUGCCAAAGGUUGACAAGUCAAAAGCAAAGGACCACGAGGGACUACCAUGCAACGAGACGUUCAGGGAGCACGACACGAUCCCCAGCAAGUACAUGAUGAAGUACUCGGAGGGAUUCUGGGAUGCGCUCGACUGCCCGCCGACUCUCGGGGGCUCGAACCUUAUCUGGCGCCAGGACCUGUGUUCGUGCGGCGAGGAGCUGCGCGCCCACGAUCCGAACGACUGGUGCGCCCAGAUGGGCUAUAACCCGUUCCCAGAAAGCCCGCAUAAGUACAUCCGACGCCAUUUCGGCACAGACGCUGUGAUGGACUGCGCAGCCAGUCUCGUCUGGUCGCAAGAGAAGUGCCUCUGCAUUUUCGACCCAAACGUCAACGAACGGCCUAUCGAACAGAAAGUUCGUUUCGUGUGCAAAAAGAUUCUACACCUGGAGUUCGAGGACAACCUCACCAACUCCGUGCAAGGAUACCACGUGCAACCUGUCGAGCUGGAGAGGCGGGGAACCAUGCCAAGAAUCCGCUACCGAAAAGUGCCAGGCUCCCAGGAGAAGGCCGCUAUGAUUGUGAGCCAGCCACUUGAGUUCCUGUCGUUUCGCGGUAACGACUUCCAGCUUCAUGUCACCUACGCCAUCAGCUUCAAACUCUCGCCACAUCAUGUGACUAAGGACAACUUCAUGGUCCUCCUGUCGGACGAGUGCGUCGGCACGCAGGGCGCUCGCAGCCGGGAGCGCAAGCCGAGCAUAGUGUUGGCCUUCCAGCCGAGCACUCAGACGUUUAACCUGCAGUUUCGCACUGAGCAGACGGAUAUCGAUACGAACAUUACCGGGGCAGUGCCGGAUAAGGAUGGCUGGUAUAAAAACGUGGUAUAUUUUGAAGACCAGUCAGUGAAUCUAGAAUCCAAUGGGAAGCUACUUUUCAAGCAACCAGAAGUUUUAGGGAAGAUCCCCCAGAAUCGCUGUCCACUGUUCAUAGGAGGCCGGGGCCAGGGUUUCGAUCGAUCGCAAGACUUUUACGGAUAUCUAGACAACGUCUAUUUGGUUAAAGACUGCAAAUUUCAUGAGGCGAACAUCAAAUUCCUUUGAUUUCCAUUCAUUCUUGAGAACCUUUGAUCGAGUCGUGGCAACAUCGUGCCUUGUUCAUUUUCACUGUGUUUAAAAAAACAUGCUUGUUUUAUGUAAUGACAUGUUAUGUAAGUUGUUAUGUAAGUUGUGGCUUCCGACAAAUAAAUGAUUUUGUUUUGUAAAUGUGUAACACUCGUAAUGUCCAUAUUGGUGCGAAUGAUG